CUGACGGAUAGCGCAGAAGAAAGGCAGGCUGGAGCUGCCCCGGGAAGUCAGGAGUCUGCCAGAGUCAACGCAGAACAACGCCAUUUCACCACUUGCUAAGGGAACAGAAAACUGAAGCCACAGAAUGGCGGUGGAUAUCUACGACUCUCAGUACCUGCUCAUCCUGGCCCCUUCCCUGGUCAUCGCCCUCAUGUUCCUCUUCUUCUGGCUCUUCAUGAAGGAGACCUCGUACGAUGAGGUGCUGGCCCGACAGAAACGGGACCUCAAGCUGCCGCCAUCCAAGCCAGACACCCGGAAGAGAAAUGACAAGAAGAAGAGCAAGAAGAAGGAGAGCGCCAGUGGAGGAGGCGGCGGAGGUGGUGGAGGUGGAGGAGAAUCAGAGGAGGAUGUUCGGGAUUUCGACAUGGCCGACGGUGCCAACAGCUCUACUCUGGAGCUUGAGGAAGAACCUGCACCCACAGCUACACCAGAGCCAGAUCCACCAACACCCACUCCCUAUGUGCCAGUUUCAGUGUCUCCAGAAGCCCCUGUCAGUCUGAGGGAGAGGAAGAAGAAGGAGAAAAAGGCUGCCAAAGCUGCAGCAGCAGCUGCUGCAGCUGCCGCCGCUGCAGCUUCCUCCUCCGAGGAGCCUGAAGUCAACGGCUCAAAGCCGAUCAUUCGGAAGGUGGAGCAACCUGUGGCUGCAAGCAAACAGGCCAGCCCUCCUUCUCCCAAGCCAGAGGCCCAGGUUCAGGUCGCUCAGGCUCCUGUUCAGGCUCAGACACCUCCUCAGAGCUCUGGGAAGAAGAAAGAGAAGAAGAAACAGAAAGCAGAACCUGUGGAUGACCAGCAGACAGAGAUUAAAGCAGAGCAGGCUCCAGCUCCAGCAAAGAAGGAGGCUCCCAUCCUAGCUGAAACCAAAGUUCUGGACGGUGCAACACCAAGUGCUCCCAGUGGCAAAAAGAAGAACUCUGCCAAGAAGCAGAAGACUGAGCCUGUCGAUGAUGCUCAUGUUCUGGCUGACUCAGCAGCUUCUGCAAACCACCAGGCAACCCAUAAUGAUGACGUACCAGCCAAAGGAAGUGGCAAGAAACAGAAGAAUGAAACCGACAAAGAGAACACAGAGGUGAAGCUGAAAGAGCUGCUGUCAGGUCUGUCCAGCCUGGCUCUGUCUGAAGCCGAGGCCAUCAGUGUGAUGGCUCUGCUCCGCGAGAAGAGCCCUACUGCCUUGGAGGCCUGGCAAAAAACUGCAGCUAGACCUGACCCCGCUGCUCAGGAACGAGAGAGACUCCUUACAACUCUGCAGGAGGAGGCCUCUAUAGCCAAGGACAAAGUGAAACAGCUCAGUCAGGAGCUUCAGGUGGAGAAGCAGAAGACAGGUCGUGUGGAGGCCAUGAUGAGAGAACAACGUGCAGCCAUGGAGAAAGAACUUGGGGGAAUGCAGGCCAAAGCUCAGGGCAGCUACCAGGAGCUGCAGACCAUGCAAAUGAAGUUUCAGCAGGUGAGAGAACAGCUGGAGAGCCAGAUCACUCGUCUGCAGCAGGAGAACGGCAUCCUGAGGGACGCAGUCAGCUCUGCCACCAACCAGAUGGAGAGCAAGAAUUCAGCCGAGCUGAACAAGCUGCGUUCCGAGUACGCCGCUCUGAUGAAAGAGCUGGCAGAAAACAACGGCAAGCUGCAGCAGGAGGAGCACCAGAGGAAGUCACUGGAGGUCAGCUACAAGCAGAACGUGUCCCAGCUGGAGGCCCAACUGCAGGAGGCGAAGCGGCGCUGGGAAGAUCUGCAGAAUUUUUGCCACGGCGUCAACGCUGAGAGAGAGAAACUCCAGACCUCAAAGCAAGAGCUUCACAGCCAGCUGCUGGCGGCAGAAACUGAGAUUAACAGCAAGAACAAGGAGAUCCAGACCCUGCACAGCAGCCUGGCUGAAGCCAUGGUGGCCAAGGAGCGGCUGGAGGAGAGAGCGAUGGAGCUGAUGGAGAUGUCGCAGCACAGCAUGCCGGAUGACUCACUGCAGGCACGGGUCCAGGAACUAAUGAAUGAAAACAAAUCUCUUCAAGUCCAGAAUGAAAGCCUGCAGGCCCAGAUCUCUUCACAGGCCACCCAUGUCUCCCACAUUGAGGAGCUACAGAAGCUAUUGGCUGAAAAAGAGCUGCAGAGAAAGAGUCUGGAGGAUUCCCUGAAUGCUGAGAGGAGCAGCGGGGCCAGUAGAGAAACUAACAUGCAGGCCUUGCACAAUGAGAACAUGUCGCUGAAGGCAGAGGUUCAGAAUCUGCAGGCACAGAUUUCCGAUCAGGCUGCCUCUCAGUUGGCAUUGGACCAGUUCCAGAAGAGUGUCCGAGAGAAGGAGGAGAACAUGAAAACGGUGGAGGACCUCCUGGAGAAGGGGCUCAUCGAGGUGGCCAACAAGGAGGAAGAACUCAAGGUUGUAAGAGAGGAAAAUGAGGCACUUAAACAAGAAAUUGAGGCCAUUAAGAGACAGACAGCAGAACAGGCAUCAUCAGAAUCAGUAGUUGAAGAACUCCAGAACAAGAUCCAAGAAAGGGAUGAGAAGCUAAAAUCAAUGGAGGAGAGUCUACAGACAGCACAGGACAGAGAGAAGACAGCAGAGGCUCUGGAGCAGCAGUUGGCUGCCCUGCAGGCAGAGAUGGAGCAGCUGAGACAGAAGGAGACGCCAGAAGAGCAGAGCAGUGCUGGUACCCAGCUCCAAGAACUCCAGUCUCAGUUGGCAGCAAAAGAUCAGGAGCUCCAGAAGCUGCAGGCUGAGUUGGAGGCCAGGACGAUGGAGCUGAGUGAGAAGGUGGAGCAGGUACAACAACAGCAGACCCACACAGCAGUACCGAGCCAGGAGCUGCUUACAGCGUUGUCAGAGAAGGAGAACCAGAUCUCAGACCUGCAGGCAGAAAUGGCUGAGCUAAAGGACUCAGUGGAGCUUCACAGGAAGAAGAACAACGAGCUUCGGGAGAAAAACUGGAGUGCAAUGGAAGCUCUGUCAGCCACCGAGUCCAUGCUUCAAGGGAAACUCAGCAAAGCUGUCAAGGAGAACCAGACGGCUCUGGCAGCGGUUCAGUCCGAGUGUCGAGAUGUUCUGCACAGACUUCUGCCCCAUGUGCCUCUGCCCACUGAGCAGAACCAUCAGGAAUGGCUUCAGCUAUUUGAGAGCGCAGCAGCUGAAAGCUCAGCCACACAAUCCCCCCCUGCAUCAGGGGAUUCUGAGGGACUGGCUGAGAAGCUAAAAGAAGCCGAAGAAACCCAAAGGAUUCUACAGAAAGACUGUGAGACCUACAAGAAGGUUUUGGCAGAGACGGAGGGCAUCCUGCAGCGUCUCCAGAGCAGCGUGGAGCAGGAGGAGUCUCGCUGGAGGGUGAAGUUGGAGCUGUCGCAGGGUGAGCUCAGAGAGAUGAGUCAGAAAGUCACAACUCUGGAGCAGGAGAUUGAGAGACUAAGUGAUGGAGGAGAGCUGGAAAAUCUGAGAAGAGAAAAGCAACACUUGGAGGCUGAGUUGGAAAGAGCAGAGCGAGAGAGUGCCACAUAUGUGACAGAGGUCAGAGAGCUCAAAGAUCUGUUGACUGAAUUGCAGACCAGACUUGAUGGCUCUUAUACAGAGGCUAUCAGACAGAAUGAGGAGCUGAAUUUGCUGAAAACCCAGCUCACAGAGACUCUAUCCAAGCUGGAGUCAGAAGAGAACGAGAGGCAAAAGGUGGCUGGUGACCUCUAUAAGGCCCAGCAGUCUCUUGAUCUGAUCCAGGGGGAGCUCUCAAACGCCACAGAUAACGUGGAUGACCUGAUCGAGAACAGCAGUCUGACAUCACAGAGAGAAGAGAUUGACAGAAAGGAGAAAAUGACUGCAGGACUGAACCAAACAGUCAGAGAACUGCAGCAGCUGCUACAAGCCGUCAGCCGGCAACUCACCAAGGGACAGGAAGAGGAGGGGGAAAAAGAUCUGCCCAAGGUAUAGUAAGAGGACAACAGACCCCCCCUCUACGCAGCCACCCUGACUGCACUACAGAGACCGCCUUCAACCUUUGGUCUCAUCACUACCACCAUUACACCAUACUGUCAGGCCCAGCCACUCCCCUUCCUCAAACUCCUUUCACACCUCACCUGUACUGUAUGCCACGUCUGACUGACUCUGGGAAACCUCUCUCAGCUCCAGUCGGCUGUAAGGGAGCAAGAAAUGGUUACUGUUAACUCCAAACACUCCACACACUGUACCAAAACACACACUACUCUGCUCCCACCACAUUCCUCUUCUUCAGCAGUUAAUUUUUAUUCUUAACUUAAACACAUCCAGCAUCAUUUAAACUGUGUGGCAACCAUUCCUCUGUUUUAAAACACCUGUAUUUUUCAAUGAAAUCCUUUUGAAUACUCAGUAGUUUAUUUGUAAAGAGAGCGCAGUGAGACAAAUUUCCACCUUGCUGAGAACAAACUUUUGGGUUUCAGUCUUUUUUUUUUCUUACUUUCAAGACAUGUAUUGUUGAAAUGUAAUAGGUAGGACCUGCUGAAAUACACAAUGUUGUUGAUCUGUUGCCUCCUGAGCAGAAAAACUAUCGCAUUCAUGAAUUCAUAGCUCCAUGCAUACCUUGGCUCAGUAUUGGGUGGGAGAUUGGGGAUCAGAUGGGGUCUCAGCAUAUCAGAAGGGUCACUAAGUGACUAACUAUGGAGGUGCAUGGACAAAUUACUUUACUGCCGCUCCAGAGAGAAGGGAGUCUGUGACCCUGGCUGUGGAAAAAUAAGGCCAGGUCAACAGUGUUAGGUUUUUAAUCCUACUGCAACUACUCUAGGAAUAAGCGUCCCAUAUCAUCUGUAAUCAACACUUGCUAUAUUGUUGCUAAGUUCAUUAACACUGAAUUUUUUUGUUCUUUUUGUAACAGGUGAUGUUAAUAAAAGGGAUGCUUGAUAAAUCUG